AUGCCCAAUCUGACAGUCCUCCGGCUCGCCCACAACGGCUUCCUGGAGUUUCCGAACAUGACGGGCUUGAAAUCCCUCUGGGAGUUAGACCUGAGCUCCAAUGCGAUCUCGUCGAUACCUGCCGGAGCUUUGUUCGAAAAUCCAGAGGUGGUGCAUCUUGACCUGAGCAGGAACAAACUCAAUGACUUGCCCAGCUCCGGCGAGUGGCUGCCCGAGUCCAAUGUCCUUAGCUACCUGACGGUCGCUCAUAACCGGAUCAGCUCUCUCGGAGACGCGUUCUUUGGUGGAUUUGCGGAUCUGGACUGGCUGGACUUGAGCGAGAACGGCUUAGAGAUGCUGGAUCCCGAAUCUUUUGCGGGAGUAGAGGACUUGGACAACCUUCUUCUGACCGGCAACCCGCUUGGCUGUCGAAUCUCUCUCACUGGGACCUGCUUCUGUCCCGGCGACUGCUCUGCCAACGCCACACGCGAGGCAGCAGAGGAGGACGAGGAUGAGGAUGAGGAGGAUGGCGACAACGAGGAUGACGACGAGACUGACGACGGGCCAUUGAUUAAGGUUCCUGCCUCCUGGUGUAAGCUACCGCUGUGCAUUUCCAAGCGUUCAGUCAGCUCGAUCAGCAAUGCCUCCGUCGCCGCGGCCGAGCAGGAGAAGUUUGGAAACAGCACAUCAGGCAGUGCGGCCGAGAAUGCUUCCAACACCAAGUAUGUGGCGGAGAAAGCCGGAAGCAGGCGCAACACGACAUCGGCCAGUGGAGCAGAUGUCCUUUCAAACACUACGAAAACAGAGGCAAAUGCCAAAAGUUCUGGAAACAACACAUCAGCAAGUACAACCGAGAACAUCUCCAAAAGCCUGGAUGUGGGUGCUCAAGCCAGAGGCAUAGGCAAGAGGACAUAUCCAAUGCUGUAG